ACAAAAUAAUUGUUUUGUAUUUUUAGCUUAGCAACGUUCCUUAACCUUCUUUUUAUUAAUAUUAUCUAAAUCAGCCUUCUGUUUGUUCACAGUUCCUUAAUCAAAAUGACUCUUACUUAUAAUAAUAGGAAAACUAAUUUUCUUUUGAGUGCCUGCGUUUCAACUUUGAGUCGGAUAACUGCAAAACUUAAACAACUCUUAACCACUAGCAAACGUGUCAACAUUAAUGAAGUAUUGUUAUAUGAUGCAGGCAAAGAGAACAUAAAGAAGCAAUUGGGUUUAAAUAAUCUCUGCUGCAUUUAUUAUGUGAUAGUUCACGCUAGACUAACUAUAGACCUAUGUUUACCUAGUCUAGAUAGCGUCACUAUAUCCAGAUGUUUAGUGAGGAUUCGACAGAAGAAUAAAACUAGAGUGCGUAUAAUUCUGCACAGGAAUCCAGAUACGAGCGUAAAACCGUUCUUGGACUUCGGAAUGGAAGUGAAAGUAAUACGUAAAUCUGAAGUACAGUUGGAACAUGAAUUCAUAUUGAUCGACGCACAAGGUGAAUGUGAAGAGGCUUUAGUUAUUAUUGGGUCUUUGCAUGAUGCAGUUAAUCGUGUUACUUGUAAUAGAAAUAAUACCCUAAUUACUUCCGAAAAUGCUAUCGUUUUCUCAUUGAAGAGAGAAUUCGAUAGAAUCUGGGACUCCAUUGCAGAUACGGAACAAAAAGAACCUAGUCAAAAUAAAAAUAAAAAUGUUAUACAAUGUUAAAUGUUAUAAAAUAAAAUACCAAAUAAAUUGUUAUUAUAUUAAAUGUUAUGUUAUACCAAAAUAAAUAAACAAAAAUUAAAAGGUUUUGGUACCGAUUUUGAAUAGUGCUAACCUUGUCCACGGGAUUCAGUGUGAACAGGACAGCACCAAUGUAGUAUUUGUUUAAAACACACGAGAUUACAAUUUAAACAUAACUGGUGAUAGAAAUAAAAAUCUGAAUAUAUAACAAAAA